CCAAACCACCGACGUCGUCGUCGUCGUCAACACUCACUAGUCUCUCUCGUCCGGACCAGAGACGCUGUUUCCCCUCAAUCCCCGACGUAUUUUCGCUUGGAACGACGCCCCACGGGCACCCGAGGUCGGACCCUGUCGACACUUUUCUAGGCGGCUGGUACAAAGAUGCAGGACAGGAGCAGGACAUCACAUGAUCAUCGCAAGGAUCAGCAGCGACGGCAAGGAGGGAAUGACGAUAAUACUGGUAUAGCGAGAGACCAGGAGCAGAGGAAUGCGGCGUAUAAUCAGCAACAAGGACAUCAAUCGCAGAAUCGACAGCCACAAAGGGAACCAUUCUUCAGGUUCUUCUCUUCCCCCAACGUGAACCACCAUCACCAUACCACUGCUGCUGCCGCGGGGGACGAAUCAGUGCGGGCCAAGCUGGAGCCCCUGAACUCUGCCGCGACGCUCUCGACGAGCCCUCAAGGGCACCACCAGGGUAUGGCGAAUUAUAGCUAUAGCGCCAUGGCGAGGUUAUCGAUUGCGAGCGACGGAAAGGACGUCGAGCAGGGAAAGGAAGGCAGGUUGCCAUCGAUCUUUGCCAACGGGGAGUACGGCGGCAGGGAGGAUGCGAUCUCCAGGUUCGGGUUGCCGGGUCUUGGACACGAACGGUCACCUUCGGGGUCGGGUGGGAGUAGUCCUAAUCUCGUCUCUGUCAGAGAGAUCCAGGAGAGUGAAGAAGGACAUGGGGCCAGAUCGAGAAGAAGAUCAGGGUUGUACUCCCCCGGCCAGGCUGGACGAGACGAUGGGUUGAUCAAUCUCCCACCAUUGAGGCACGGAUUCGCACCGUCGAGUCCCGGAGGCAGCAGUAGCAAUCACAAUCACAGCGAGUCGAAUUCGAACUAUCUCCGGGAAGAAGGUGGUCGAGUCACCGGACCGCAGCGGACAGGUCGACCACAUUCCCAAUCCGUCUCCAGCAUGAUCACCUCGCCAUACUCGCAUUCGGCAACACCAUCAACCUCCUCCCUCCUCUUGCCCUCUCCAUCUGGAUUGAGCAACCUCCGACCAAGCUUUGCGUAUUCUCCACCACGAGCGAACAAGACGCCGCUGACGGGACCUGCGAGCGCUAGGGGCAACGAGUUCCCUAGACUAGAGAGGCACAUCAGUUCGAGCUCGUUGCCAGGCGAGUCAUCAGGGUUCUUGCGACCACAUCAUUCGUUCUUUCCCAGUGGCGGUCUGAACGGAAUGUUCACAUCGAGAUCGGGCAAUGACUCUCAAUCGCAUCAGACGGCACAAGGGCAAGUGCAAGGACAGGAUCUUCCCACGGCAGAAUCGAUAUCACAGACCGUCUCCCCUGCCCCGGUCACAGCGAAGAGAGGAAACAUCGAACGUCUGUUCCGAGCGGCGACGACGAGAAAAAAGAGGAGUGGGAGCGAUGCGAACAAGCCCAAGGGCGUAUUGAUGAUGACCGAGAUCAAGGACGAUGCAGACGAACAGUUGGAAGGUCUGUCCGAGGGCGAUGUCAAGGACGCAAAGGACCUGGAUCCGAGUGCGGUGAGACGUUUGGCACAUCUGCAGUGCGAGCAGAGGAGGCGAGAGAGUAUCAAUGGUGGAUUUGCGACAUUGAGGAGCAUCUUGCCAGAAACGACUGCGGCCGAUUCCAAGGCUGCCAUCUUGCAGAAAGCGAUCAACUAUAUCCAAAACUUGGAACAGGCCGUCCGGGUGGCAGGGGGACGAUUAGAUCCGGGAAUGACCCAGAUGCCAAACCCAUCAAAUCAAGCUCGGCCGCAGAAACGACGAUCGACAUUGUCCACCUCGUAUUCGGAAGCCAUGUCUUACCCGGACGAGACGGCAUCCGGCGUGAACGUGGCUGGCGGUCGAGGUCCUGAGACGGCUUCGUCCUCAACGACCGACCUUGUGGGGGGCAACACGGACAAGGAGAAUUACAAUGACGAUGAUGAGACGAUGCGGAUGGACAUGGAUGUGCAGGAUGAUAUGGCCAUGGCCAUGUCGGACGAUGACGAGGCCGAGUUUCGGAAGCGUGGGUAUAGCCGUUCGAACGGUUCGUCUGGCACUGUGCCAGAACCUCAACAGCACCAGCAGCAUCGCUAUCAGGAACCGCAACAGUCACAACCCCACUAUCACCCGAAUCACCAUCCACAACCCCCGCCGACGCAAACCCAGACCCCCACCGUCGGUGGUCAUAAAAAGGGAGGAUUCUCGCCUCUCGAUCUGCUCGUCGGGGUAGCCGAACAAGCUCGACGCGUGACGGGAACUGGGAAUCACAGCAAAUCCCAGGCGCAUGUCGACUCUGCUGGCAAUCAUCACGGCCAUGGUCUUAUUGGGAAUAAUCACGCUGUCAACGGAUCAGCCGGGAAUAAUGGCUUGCCGGUAUUAGCGGGGGAGAAAUUGGUCAAGACGGGGACGAGGGGAUCUUGGGCGCAUAUCGAGGUUGGGGAUGGACGAUGAGCUAGCUAUACGAAGAUGGGAAUGAAACCGCAAAGGGGCGAAGCAUCUCGGAUGCUGCGCUUCGCAGAGGCGAAAUUAGGGAC